GGGAAUUGCCACAGCUGGAAUCUAAAUACGAACUGAUUCUCCCAUUGAGAGUUGGAGGAUGGCUCUUCGGAACAUACAGGUGAUAAAGACCCAAUAUCCUGACCUGGAGCUGGAUGCAGGCACAGCAGACUUUGGAGAAAUGCAUAGAAUUCAAAUGAAAGAUGCUUCUUUGAGAAAGGCACAGUGCAAUAACAUAGUUCGAUCAGCAUGUGCUCUUUUAAAUUCUGGGGGUGGAAUCAUUUGUGUAAAAGUGCGGAAUGAGGGUUACAACCAGACCACUGAUGGAAUUGGAUUAGACAUAGAGCAGGCAAUCUCCAGUCUAGUAAAAGGUUCAUCAAACCCGUCAUUCUCAGAGUUUAGGCAACAAGGUAGCACCAUGCGGAUUUUUGUACAGUCUUGGACCAAUAAAAAUGAUGAAGGAAUGAGGUUGCCACGGCUGUGUAGUAUAACAUCCAAUGUUUACAAGCGAUCAUACAGUCAAUGUGAUUUAUUAAUUCCCACUGCAGUUGAGGAUUUAUUCAGAAGCAGAUCCAUUCCAUCCCUAAGUAGUAAUAAUAAUAAAAAAGAUUCAGAUUCUUGCAAUGGUCCACCAAGGAAAAUAUUCUGUCCCAUCCCUAAAAUUGAGAAUACUGAGUUAGCUCUUGCUAUGUUAGAUCAAAAACAAUUUCAAUACGGUGAAAUUUUGAACUUCACUGAAUCUGACCACAUUGAAUUUAAAGAUUUUUCAGGAGCAAAGUAUUCAACCAGGAUAAAAGAGGCACUUCCGAAGUUAAUCUCUGCCUUUUCGAACACAGAGGGUGGGUUUAUAUUCAUAGGUGUUUCUGACAAGUUGAGAAAAGUUGUUGGAUGUACCUUAGACGAAGACCCUAGAAGUUUCGUAUCCAACAUUAUUGAAACAAAACUGAAGAAUGUCCAUAAUUGUUCUGUUUCAAACACCAUUGAGUACACACUUAAUGUUGCCAGUGUUAUGGAGGGAUCAGAACGGUGUGGCUCUCUGUUAAUUUUACAUAUAAAGCAGUCUCACGGUGUAGUGUUUGCUGACGAUCCUGAUUGCUGGAAAGUAGAAGAUGACCAUGUUAAGAGAAUAGAAGCUGGUGAAUGGACACGGAUACUGUUGGCUAAAGAUCCUGAGAUAGAAGAACUCUGUCUGAACUUUAAGAAUGAAUUAAGUGUGACUGCAUCACCGCCAAGGUGUAAGCCCGUGUUUUCACUUAGAGAUCACUUGUCUUUGGACAACAUGAUUGAAGCUGAAUUUAAAUCCUCCUGUGGAAUCAAAACAUUUCCAGAAACAAUCUGUGAGGAAUUAUUUAAAGAUCAUCCGGGUCUGGAAAACCUGCUGCCUGAAAUGAAACCUGAAGGAAGACAGGGAAUUCUGAUUUUCUCCAGAAGCUGGGCUGUUGACAUUGACUUGCCUAGGAACCAAGGUGUAAUAUGUGAUGCUCUGCUCCUGGCUGCAGGGGAAUUUCCACUAUUCUACACUAUUGCCAGAGAAGGCGAGGCAGUAACUGAGUAUUCAAGAAACACAGCAAUGUCCAUCAAACAAAAGAUGGUGAAUCUGGGGGGAUAUGCAGGAAAACUCUGUAUCAUUCCUAAAAUCCUUUAUUAUAUGGACGCUGAUUCCAAUAAAGACAGUCAGUGGCAGACUGUGACCGAGUUACAAGUUCUGUACCCACCUAGUUAUAAACACCUAACAGAAGAUAACAUCACAGAAAUGCAGAAAGCAGUCAUUAUUCUUCUCCUGCAUUUCAAGUCUUUCCUAAGUGAUCAGAUUGGCAGUGAAUUUCUCAAUUUGCAAACACUGGAGCAAUUUCAAAUUCUUCAUUUAAAACACAACAUUGAGAAAUGCAAAAAACUGUUCAUACAUGGUCUUCCUGGAACUGGGAAAACAGUUAUGGCCGGACAACUCAUUAGAAGAAUUAUCAACACCUUCCACUGUGGAAAAGAUGAAGUCCUUUAUAUUAGUGAAACUACUCCGCUGCAACAAUUUAUGAGCCAAAGAUUUGAAUGUACUUGCGUCACAAGGAAAACCUUUAUGACAAAUCUGUUUCCAAAUGUGAAGCACAUCAUUGUCGAUGAGGCUCAAAACUUCCGCCGUGAAGAUGGUAAAUGGUACGAGAAGGCUGAGGAUCUCAGAACAAAGAAGGAAACACAUCCUGAUGGACCAGGAGUCUUUUGGAUAUUCAUGGAUUACUUCCAAACUUCCCACCCUUUUCCGAAUGGAUUACCCAAAAUUCAUUGGCAGGAUCCAAGAGAGGAGUUGACAUUAGUAGUUCGGAAUGCAAAGAAAAUACAUGAUGUUGUCCACAAACAUCUUAAUAAUAUUGUCAGGUCACAAUCUGAGGGAAAAACACAGAAGUUUCUGAAAGAGCUAUCUGAAAGAGCCAUUUGCAGUCAUUCAUUUGAAGGGGAAGUUAACAAAAAACAUGAAAUGACACGAAAGGAGAUUGUUAGGUAUAUAGCAUCGCACAUAGAGUCAUACUUUAAGGAAGGGUAUUCACCUAAAGACAUAGCUAUCCUGUGCCGUACUGAAGGAGAAUGUGAAAGUUACAGUGUACUACUGCAGCCUGAGCUUACAGCAUGUGUAGUGAAAGCAGAGGAAAUACUUGAAGAUUGUAUUGUCCUUGAUAGUUUACGCCGAUUUUCAGGCCUGGAAAGAACAAUUGUAUUUGCCAUCAACCCUGUACCUCAUCCUGACCAAGGGGAAAUAGCUCAUAAUGUUGUGGUUUGUGUGGCUUCACGAGCAAGGACAAAGCUUCAUAUAUUGUAUGAAGACUGAACUAAUUUAGUCUUUGCACUAAGAACAAUAAUUGGUUCUGAAGUUGUUUCAGGCACUGUGGACUUCAAGGGGUGGGGAUAAUCAUUGAUGAUACAAAAUGACAAUUUUUAACAUUUAAUGUGACUGUUAGUACAGAAUGGGUGCUGCUUCAACUGAAUGCAAAGGUCAGGAUUUGUUAAGUGUGGGAAAAGAGCUGCUGCUUUGGCAUUUUUGUUAAAGUAGGCUUAAAUUAAUCAGCUGCUGCACUUGAACUGCAUGCAGCUUAGGGCAGUACUAACCUUGUGAGUUUGGUCACUCAGUGCGGCACUCUAAACUUCUAGUUUAAAUUCGAUAACAAAUGUUAACAAAUGUUUCUUAAAAUUAAUAGAUGACUUCUUACCAUCAGAAUCUGACUUAUUAUCACUGACUUGUGAAAUUUAUUGUUUUGUGGCAGCAGAACAGUGCAAAGACAUAAAAUUACUAUAAAUUACAAAAAAAAGUGCAAGUAAAAAGGAAUAACGAAUUAGGGUUCAUGGGUUCAUGGACCAUUCGGAAACCUGAUGGCGAGUGGCGGGUUGGGGAAGAAGCUCUUCUUGAAUCGUUGAGUGUGGGUCUUCAGGCUCCUGCUGAGACCUACAGUUCCUGCAGCAUGUGGGAGCUUCAGGCUGCUUCAGGUGUGCUGGGGGCCAUGUGUACAUGAAGUACCUUCAGCUGCUGAGACUUGACCUCAGGAUUUUGAAGCUUGGGAAGCAGCUGGACUUACUGCAGUGCGAGGGAAGCUGAGGGGUUUCUAUGCUGUAUGCUCCAGCAGAUGGCAAUCUUGCACCCUCUGCAUUUGAAAGACAACAAGCUUGGGAAUGUUUAGGAUGUGCAUUUCUCUCAGUCCAGUGGGGGAUGAUGAUUGCUUGAAGGAGGGGUAGGCCAGAAAUGGUGCCAUGGAUAGAGGGCUUCACCCAGAGGUAUAGAGUGGAAAUGUCAUGGUCAUGGUCAUGGUCAGAAGUUCAGACCAGCCUUUCUGUAACUGUCUUGACUGAUGUGUUGCCUCCCUGGAGACAGACUAGAACAAAACAGUACAGCACAGGAACAGGCCCUUCAGCCCACGAUACCUAUGCUGACCAUGAUGCCAAAUUAAACUAAUCCCAUCUGCUGGCACAUGGUUCCUAUCCCUGCCUGUUCAUGUGCAAGUCUAAAUGCCUCUUAACCUCCACUAUCGUGUCCACUUCCUCUACCAUCCCUGGCUGCACAUUCCAGGCACCCACUACUCUCUGAGUAAAAACAAAACUUGCUGCACACAUCUCCUUUAAACAUUCCCCCCUCACCUUAAAGCUAUGCCCUCUAGUAUCUUGCAUUUCUGCCCUGGGAAAGAGACUCUGACAAUCUACCCUAACUGCGCCUCUCAGAAUUUUAUAAGCUUCUACUCGGUCUUUCCUUAGCCUCGUGCUCCAGGAGAAAACAAUCCAUGUUUGUCCGGCCUCUCUUUAUAGCUGAUACACUCUGAUCCAGGCAGCAUCCUGGUGAACCUAUUCUGCAUCCUCUCCAAAGCCUCCACAUCUUUCCUGUAAUGGGCGGAAGGGGUUCAGCAGAAUUGCACACAGUGCUCCAAGUGUGGCCUAACCAAAGCUUUAUACAGCUGUAAUGUGACUUCCUGACUCUUAUACCCAGUGCCCCGACCGAUGAAGGCAAGUAAGUUGUACACUGUUUCCACCCUAUUUGCUUGUGAUGCCACUUUCAGGGAGCUAUGGACUUGGACUCCAAAUUCCUCGUCGCACAGAAUAUUCUGAGAGGGACGGGGGGAACAAGAAGUUGGGGUUCAUGUUGGAAACAAUGUCAUGGGAAGGAAAAGGGUUGAUGUUCUGCACUAGAGUUUUCAGGGUGCGGGGGGUGAAUGUUAAAAAGUAGAAUCCUCAGAGUGGUAAUCUCUGAAUUAUUCCCAGUGCCAAGGGCCAGCGAGGUUAGAAAUAAGAUGAUAAAAAGGAUCAGUGUUUGGAUUGAGGAAUAGUGCAAGAGAGAGAGGGCUUCAUUUUCUUGGGGCUUCGAGACCAGUAGUGGGACAGGUGGGACUUGUUCAAAAGGAAUGGGUAGUACCUCACCGGGACUGGGAUCAACAUUCUCAUUGGGAGACACAAGAGACUGCAGGUGUUGGAAUCUGGAGCACAAAGCAAUCUGCUGGAGGAACUGAGCGGGUUGAGCAGCCUCUGUGGGAGAAGGAACUGUCGAUGUUUCGGUUCGAAACUCUGCAUCAGCACUGAGUAAAUCUUCAUUGGGAGCUUCAGUCAUGUGGCUGAGGGGGGUUUAAAUUAAGUUGGGUGAGCGCCAGCACAUCGCAAUAGAAAGGGGGAGUAGCGUACGUAAAGAACUUGGGAGUGUUAGAGAAGGAAAUAAACAAGAGCAGACCAAGAGACAACAAGGAAUACUGAAAUGGGUUUAAAAUACAUGACUGUAAGCACACAAAGUGGAAGGAAUAAUUGCCAUGAUGUCAUGGCAAUAACUGAAUCGAUUCAGAAGGACAGAUUGGACACUCAUUAUGCCUGGGUACGAGGUGUUCAGAAAAGAAUAAGGAUGUGAAAAGAGGUGGAAAGGCAGGACUAAUUAAGGAAGAUGGUAUCAUGUUGGAUGAGGAGGCCAGUCCUUGAGAGGUCAACUACUGAAUCCAUUUGGAUAGAGUUGGGAAGCUGGAAGGGAGCUAACACUUUACUAGAAGUAUUCCACAGCCCAUCAAAUAGUGGCAGAACUUUAGAGUGGUGACAUUUUGGGAUUUCAGAUGCUGCAAAAUUGAUAGGAAAACUAGAGUCCGACACCAUAGCUUCAGGCCCUUCGGCCCACUGUGUCCACGCUGACCAUUGCACCCGUUCAUCGGCAUCCAGUCCAUAGCUCUUUCUGCCUUGGUGGUUCAAGUGUCUAUCUAGAUGCUGCUUAAAUGUUGUGAGAGAACCUGCUUCCACCAGUUCCUUAGGCAGGGCAGUCCAGAUUCCAACUACUCUCCCUGUGGAAAAAUUCCCUCUCUAAACCUCCUACCUUAUACCCCUGCCAUCUUGGUUUGGACACCCUCACCACGGGAGGAGGAUUCUUGCUAUCUAUCCCCCUCAUAAUUUUGUACAUCUCUGUCAUGUCACCCCAUCAGCCUUCUUCGCUCCAGGGAAAACAAACGCAGCCUGUUUAAUCCCUUUUAAAUGAAUUUUCUCUGCACCCUCACCAGCACAUACAGAUUCUUCCUAUAAUGUGGUGACCAAAAGUGCGUACAGAACUUCAGGUGUGGCCUAACCACUGUUUUAUAAAGUCGUAACGUGAUGCCCAUGUUCUUAUAUUCUCUGCCACUUGUAGGGAUCCAUGGACUUGUACCCCAAGUCUCUCUACAUCACACUUCUCAGUAUGAAUCCUACCAUUUACAGUAUAAAUCCUACCCCUAUUUGACUUCCCAAAUGCAUCAGUCUGUACUUAUUUGGAUUAAAUUCCAUCUGCCAGCUCUCUACCCAAUUUUCCAACUGAUUUAUAUCAAGCUAUAGCCUAAGACAAUCCACCUCUAAUAUUAGAGUACAGUUGAAGUUUAUGUUAUUAUUCUUAGAGUAAAGGACAAAGAAGGAAAGGGCUUAUGUGGUCAUAAGGCAGCUUUCUUGAUAAAUGGAUCUGGUAAAUCUGAUUCUGGGGAAGUGAGAUGGGCCGGGUGUCUGUGGGAGUAUGCUUCAGGAGCAGUGGUCAUUGGAUUUAUGAGGAUUAGGUGAGUAAUGGAGAAAGGCUGAGAGAAAACUAAAGUAGAUCUACUUAAUUUGUGGGGGGCUUAUGAAGAGGGGUUACAUCAGACCAAAAGGUGAGCUUUGAAGAGCUGGUGUUUUGCAUGCAGGCUGCGUGUGUUUCUCCCAAAGGGAAAGAUAAGGUCAGAGCCAGUGCUCUCUGGAUGACAAAGGGGAGAGAGAACGAGGUGGAAGGAGAAAGGGUGUAUGGUGCAGCUGAGGUGAAUAACUCCAGUGAAGAGCAGGCAGAACAUAGUGAACUGAGUAGGGAAGUGAAAAGGAAAGUAAGGCAACCAAAGAGCUUGAGAAGAGAAUGGUAGCUGAAAUAAAGGGGAACCCAGAGGUCUUCUAUGUACAUGCAAAUAGCAGGUGGGUUAUAGGAGGGAUGGGACAAAUUAGUGAUGAAGAAAGUCAUCAAAGCAAAGAGGCAAAAGGCACAGCAGGAAUUCUAAAUGAGUACUUAAUAUCAGUCUUCACCUUAGAAGAGAGAUGGGAGAAAAAUUGAUGGGGGGGGGGGUGGCAGUAGGAAGGCUGUCCAUGCAUCAGACAAGUUACCAGGUCUGGGUCUGAUAUUCCUCUGGAUGUUGGGGGGGGGGGGAGUUCCCAAAAAUUUCCAGUUCUCUGUGUGUACAAGUGAGGUGCCAGAGAUCUGGAAGUGGCAAAUGUAACACCAAAAUAAAAAUGGGGAAUAAGGACAUGCCCAAUUACUGCAGGCCAGUCAGUUAAUCUUGGUGGUGAAGAAACUCCUGGAAACUAAUCACCCAGUAAACUUGUUAAUAAAGAGGCAGCACUGCUUUGUUGAAGGCAAAUUACGUUUGAAUAAUCUGAUUAAAUUUCUUGAUGUACUAGAGAAAGUUGAUGAAAAUGUGGCAGAUGUCGUACACAUGGAUUUUCAGGAGGCAAAGGAAGGUCCACCCAAAGGCAGAUUUGCCAGAUUGGGGCCCUUAGAAUUAAAAGGCAACACAGCAAACACAGGGCAUUAGAUUUCGGGUGGAAGGAGGAGAACAGUGGUGAAUAGUAGUUCAUCAGGCUGGACGACAGUAGAUAAUCACAGGAGUCCAUGCUAGGACCAUUGGUUUUAUAUAUUUAUGCUGUAGGUAUGAUCUGGUGUUCACUGCCUAUAAGGACGGUGAAAACAACCAACCAAGUCUUCCAAAAGGGGAUUAGAUAGGGAUUUGAGAGAAUAAUUUGCAGGACUUUUGGGAAAGAGGGAGGAAAUGGGACUGACGGGAUUCUUUUACUAGGAGUUGCAUAAAUUCCUCGGCCUUCUGUGCCCUUUUAAGUCUGUGAAUGUACAUUUAAUUUGUAAUAAAUUUCUUCAUUAAAUAGUUUUUGAGCAUGUCUUUCACUGAGAAGAAACGAAACUAAUUAAUGGGAUUAUCUACAGAGCUAAGCCCUUGUCUUGUUUGUGGAGUAUAAGAAGUGGUAACUAGUAUCCAAAAGUAUAUUGCUUUAUCUUUUGAUUAUAUAAUGUUCAUACACUGUUGUUACCGGUUUGUGCUGAGGCUCACCUAUGCUCAAUGUUGUGUGUCAUCUUGUGUAAUGAACUUUCCAAUCAAGCACUAUAUUCAUGAAAUUGUUUCUUUUAUUACACUCAGAUAUAGUAAUUCUGAAGUGUUGAAUAUAUUAUUGGAUGUAUUAUCUUUGCAUGCACAACAUGAUUAAAUUAACUUUUA